GCUAUAUUGGAAAUAACCUAAGUCUCGUCUCCUUCUUACUACUCAAGUUUAAAUUUGCUUCACAAUAUGCCAGCGGCGCAUGCUCUACCUGAUGUAUCACUUUAUUAUCCAUUACCUUGAACAGGCAACAUGCAUGAUGCUAUGAAAAGGGUGUCUUAAAGGAAGGAACUUCCCAAGAUCAUCAACAAAUUAAGGACUCUAACAAUAUACCCAACAUUUUGUUAUUAUCAUAAAUAUCAUGGCAUCAUCAUCCUCGAGUGAAAGGCACGAGGUGUUCCUGAGUUUCCGAGGAGAGGAUACAAGGAAAACUUUCACGAGCCAUCUUCAUGCUGCUUUCAAAAGGGUAGAAAUAAAUACCUACAUAGACUACAACCUUGAGAGAGGGGAUGAAAUAUCUGGAACCCUUCUUAGGGCCAUCGAAGAUGCAAAGCUCUCGGUGAUUGUCUUCUCCAAAAACUUUGCGACUUCAAAGUGGUGUUUGGAUGAGGUGAAGAAAAUAAUGGAGUGUAGAAAAACAAGGGAACAGAUGGUAGUGCCUGUGUUUUAUGACAUAGAGCCUACCCAUGUACGAAAUCAAACGGGAAGCUUUGCAAGUGCGUUCGAUAGACAUGACCAGCGAUUUGUGGAUAGGCCAAACAAGGUGCAAAAGUGGAGGGAUGCUCUUACAGAAGCAACUAAUCUCUCUGGCUGGGACUGCUCCGUUGACAGAUUGGAAUCUGAAAUUGUGGAGGAAAUUGCAAAGGAUGUGUUGCAAAAAUUAAAUCGUGUGUACGUUGGAGAUCUAGAUCAAGAAAUUGCAAGGUAUGGGCAACUUGCAAGGCAUCAAAUGGGAUAUUUUCAAAGCACACCUGAUGCAGCUCAUUGGCAAAAUUAUCAAGCAACUGUCAAACACAUCAGAAAACUUCAAAUGGAGAGACAUCAUCGCUUGCUUCGCAUACCUCCCAACAUGUACUCUGAGGCCAAUUCAAAUGCAAACAACGAGUACUACAAUUUAUG